UUUUGUAAUAAUUCAGUACGCUAAUUAAGUACAUAAUAAACAUGACGCAAAUUAAGAGAGUGCUUGUGAUCUACACUGGUGGUACGUUUGGGAUGCUGAAAAAUGAAAAAGGAGUACUGGUGCCACAAAAGAACAUAGAGAAGGUGAUCAGGCGCCUGCCACAAUUACACGACGAAGAAUACUAUAGAGCCCAUCUCGCUAACUCCGAGAAGAAGGAGUACCUCGCUCUGCCAGACGGAAAGGAUACAGAAUUGAAGAUCUUAUACAAAAUUUACGAGUACGAAGAACUGAAGGACUCUUCAGACUUUACUCUCGACGACUGGAUCAAGCAGGCUAGAGAUAUCAAGGAAUACUACCACGACUAUGACGGCUUCGUGGUUCUCCACGGCACGGACACGACGGCGUACGGCGCCUCCGUGCUGUCCUUCAUGCUGGAGACGGUCGGCAAGACCGUCGUGCUGACGGGAGCACAGGUGCCGAUCUUCCAGCCGCGUAGCGACGGCAACAACAACUUUUUAUGCGCGUUGCUGAUCGCCGCUACUCAGCUCAUUCCAGAGGUCACCGUGUUCUUUGGAGCCAAAUUGUUCAGAGGAACUAGAGUAAAGAAAGUGUCCAACACCCGCAUCUACGCGUUCGACACCCCGAACUACCCCCCGAUCCUAGAGGCCCGGACGACCCUGGAUGUGGACCCGAAGAUGCUGAUCCACCCGCCCGGAUCAGUACCGGACGAGUGUCGGAUACACGACCGGCUCAGCCGGAAGGUCUACACGCUCAAAGUCAACCCCACCAUCACGGCUGAGGUCAUCAGAUCUGUGUUCCAAGGAAUGGAAGGCGUAGUGCUAGAAACAUACGGCAACGGCAACAUCCCGAUCAAGCGCAAGGAGAUCUACCAGGAGAUCGAGCGAGCGGUCAAGAAUAAUGUACUAGUCGUCAACGUAACGCAGUGCAUCAAUGGAACUGUGCAGGGGAAGGCCAUUUAUGAGACUGGAUUGUUGCUGGUAGAAUGCGGAGUGGUGCCGGCGUUCGACAUGACGGCGGAGGCGGCGUGGGCCAAACUAUGCUACGUACUCUCCAAGACUGAACUCAGCUAUCAACAGAAGGUCGAGUUGAUGAAGACGAACAUUCGUGGCGAGCUGUAUAACCCGAACCACGUUGUUGUCAACGGAAAGUGAUUAAAAUCUUUAUCCUAAAGAGAUUCUAUAUGAGUUAUGAUAUUUUGAAUAAUGUUUAAUAUAAUAACACAUUUACAUAUAUGCCUGUGGGUGCUCGAAUAAAGACAGGAUUCCACCAUU